CGAGCAAUUUCGAGUUUUUUUGCUGAGCAUUGCAAUUUCUAGAACGUGUUUAACAAUUUUUGUGUUAUUACCAAUUGUAUCCGCAACAACCAAGAAAAUCUCGUGUUUAUCUUGAUAUUUAUAUAACAACCCUUAAACAGUCACUUGAUUAUCGUACCUCUUACAUUCAAGAAUGGCGGAAAACAAGAUCAAGGAGUUACGAAGUGACAUAGAGGAGCUCCAGAAAAUAACAAAACAGGCAACACGCAAGAAGGUCCAGGAUAUUCUUUCUUUGGAAGUGAGGAAGCUAGAGACUGAGCUCAUUAAUUUGCAAGAAGCCGCGAAGGCUUCGUCUUCAACCGACGCCGUCGCCGCGCCCGCCCCGGCCGCCGCUGCUGAAGCUAAGCGAUACAAAGUUAAACUAAAUGGCUAUGGUUGGGAUCAAUCGGACAAAUACGUGAAAGUGUUUGUCACGCUCAAGGGGGUCCAGAAUGCCCCGAAGGAGCAGGUGUACUGCAAGCUGACGGAGCGGUCCCUGGAGCUGCACGUCGACAACCACGAGAACAAGGACUAUGUGCUCAUCAUCAACAACCUGCUUGAGAAUAUAGUGGUGGAGGACAGCCACUGGAAACAAAAGACUGAUAUGGUGGUGAUCUUCCUCGCCAAGUCAAGCGCAGGCUCCAAGUGGUCACACAUGACAGAGAUUGAUAAAAAACUGGAUGACCAGCGCAACAACCGGUUCAAGCCCGAGGAAGCGUCCGCCGGCAAGGACCCCCAGGAGUCCAUCAUGAGCUUGAUGAAGAAUAUGUACGAGACUGGUGAUGAUGAGAUGAAGAGGAUGAUCUCCAAAGCCUGGUAUGAAGGACAACAGAAAAAGAAAAAUGACUCCCUAGAUUUUUAAGUUGCCCUUAGUUAAGUACUCAUAAGUUUAUACUUUAAGCGUAUUUUAGAAUAAAUCUCUAAUGCUAAUCAAA